UGUCUCCAAUUUGCGCGGUUUCCUCACCCAUCGCCUCAGCAAUAUCACACCGAGCGACACAGGUUGUUCACUGGCAUGCCCACAACUCGUUCAACUACAACUACAACUACAACUCCAACAACCACACGAAAACAUGUAAAACACCACAGCAACAGCAACAGCAACAACUACAAACCACCUCAAAGCAUAAACAAAAGCAAAAGGGAGGGCAAUUAGCAAACCGGAAACGGAAGCAGCCAUAUUUGUAGCCAGUGCUAAGCAAUUUCCGGCUGUGACCAUGAAUUUGACAGGCCUCGAGCUCCACAGAAAGCAGCAUUAAAGCAGAGAAAGCAGUAGAGGGACGGUAACUUCUGAGUACAAAACACAACAGCAAACAGGAAGCAGAACGAGAGUAGGAGAUUAACUCAUAAUACACCUGAGAGAUUAAGUAAGAGCAGCUAACAAUAUGGCCUCAUUCCAAAUACCUGUAAUCAACCUGGAGCUGCGCGAGGUGAAGGAGAUCGUGUGGGAGAAGAUCCAGGAGCCGGUCAACCAGCGCCGCCUUAUUCUGGUGAUCGUGUCCAUAGCCCUGCUGCUGGACAACAUGCUCUACAUGGUGAUUGUGCCCAUCAUACCCGACUAUCUGCGCGAGAUCAGCAACUUUGACGACGGCCCGACGCCACCCCCGCUGCGGGACAACGUAACGGGCAUGAUCAUACCCGUGCACCACGAUCACCAUGGCCAGGACUCGGCCACGGGCCUACUGUUCGCCUCCAAGGCCAUCGUUCAGCUGAUGGUCAAUCCGUUCUCGGGUGGCCUCAUCGAUAAGAUCGGCUACGACCUGCCCAUGAUGAUUGGCCUCACCAUUAUGUUCUUCUCGACGGCCGUCUUCGCCUGCGGCAGCAGCUACAGCGUCCUGUUCUUCGCCCGCUCGUUGCAGGGCGCCGGCUCGGCGUUCGCGGACACAGCGGGCUUGGCCAUGAUCGCCGAUCGCUUUACCGAAGAGAACGAGAGAUCGCAGGCGCUGGGCAUUGCCCUGGCGUUCAUUAGCUUUGGCUGCCUGGUGGCACCACCCUUCGGCGGAGCACUGUACCAGUUUGCCGGAAAAGAAGUCCCUUUCCUGAUCCUGGCCUUCGUCUGCGCCCUUGACGGCGUGAUGCUGCUGCUAGUGAUGAAGCCCCUUAAGGAGCAGAUUAGACAGAGCAAGGAGGUCCAGGAUCAGGUAAUUCCCAUCUGGCGCCUCCUCAUGGAUCCCUACAUUGCUGUGUGUGCCGGAGCACUAACCAUGUCGAAUGUGGCCCUGGCCUUCCUGGAGCCCACCAUCUCGCUGUGGAUGGAGGAUACGAUGACCACAGACAACUGGAAGAUCGGCAUGGUCUGGCUGCCCGCCUUCUUUCCGCACGUCCUGGGCGUGGUAAUCACAGUGAAGAUGGCCCGCAAGUAUCCGCAACACCAGUGGCUGAUGGCUGCCAUCGGGUUGGCACUCGAGGGCUUCUCCUGCUUCAUCAUACCCUUCUGCACCGGCUACAAGAUGCUGAUGCUGCCCAUCUGCGUCAUCUGCUUCGGCAUCGCGCUCAUCGACACUGCCCUGCUGCCGACGCUCGGCUACCUGGUGGACGUCCGCUACGUGUCCGUAUACGGCAGCAUUUACGCGAUCGCGGACAUCUCAUACUCGAUCGCCUACGCCGUUGGCCCGAUCAUCGCCGGCGGCGUGGUAGAGGCUAUUGGAUUCACUGCGCUCAACUUCAUGAUCGCCUUCUCGAAUUUGGCCUAUGUGCCCGUACUACGCAAGCUGCGCAACAUCUACGACUUCAAGCCCUUCGAGAACGAGGCCAACAUCCUGAUGCAGGAUCCGCCCAACAAGGAGUACCAGACCUACGUGAUGCACGACCAGAAGCCAGUCGAGGGCGAAGUCAAGAACCACCUCGAGUACGGCCAGCAGUACCAGCAGGAGCAGGAGACCAAUCUGGACGAUCAGCAGUACGAGUACCAGCAGCAGCAGGGAUACCAGCAGGCGGGCGGCUAUCAGCAGGACCAGGGCUACCAGCCGGGAUAUCAGGAGCAGGGCGGCAGCUACUCGCAGCAGGGACAGCCACGAGUGGCCAAUCCCUUCCAGCAGCAGCAACAGCAGCAGCAGUCGCAGAGCAGAGGUCCAGGCGCACCGGCGAAUCCCUUCAGACAAGGAUUUUAA